AGUUCUGCUUCCCCGUUGCUGGAUGCUCUUACAAACUGCCAAUCACGAGCUAUCAUCAAUACCGCCGGUACUGACUGUUCUGCCUCCGCCGUGCUAAACGGUAAUUGUCCCUCAGACAUCAGCUACGUCUUCCGAGCAGCCUGUGUUACCGUGGUCGGCGAGGGCUCCAUGCUGAACAUGUCGCCAGCAUUCGAAAACCAUGAGACGCAAGCUGGCACCGCAUCCAGUCUCCUUGGUGGCACCAUGCUGGCCAUGGAACUGACCAAAGUCGAAGAGAUUGAACGCCUUACCGGUGGGACGGAACGACUGACUGGCAGUCCGGCACUUGGCAACUUCGUGAUGGGUAUGUGUGUGUUUUCGAAGUCGAAUAGCCUAUUCUACGUGCGAGAUGUUUUUCAUUCCUCUGUCUACUGCUCCGACCCCUACAACUGGUUUUCGAUCACUCGGGAAAGCAGUCACCUUGAGAUUGAAUCGGCAGCAAAAAGCAGAAUUGAUGUUCCUUAG